GUAAUGAACUAAGGACUUAAAUACGAGUGGACCUCCGGCUUGAGCCAGACGUGGGGGAGAACAGUCCGAGUAGUCGUGUCAACAUGUCUGAGCCUAUUAGAGUUCUGGUGACUGGCGCUGCGGGGCAGAUUGCCUAUUCCUUGUUGUUCAGCAUUGCCAAGGGAGAUGUCUUUGGCAAAGAUCAGCCAAUCAUCUUGCUGCUUUUGGACAUAACACCCAUGUUGCCAGUUCUGGAAGGUGUUGUCAUGGAGCUGCAGGACUGUGCCCUCCCACUUCUGAAAGAGGUUGUCCCCACUGAUAAGGAGGAGGUGGGCUUUAAAGACCUGGAUGCAGCUAUCCUGGUGGGCUCCAUGCCCAGGAAGGAUGGGAUGGAGAGGAAGGACUUGCUCAAAGCCAAUGUGGCCAUCUUUAAGAGCCAAGGAGCUGCCCUGGAUAAGUAUGCUAAGAAGUCUGUCAAGGUGCUGGUUGUGGGAAACCCUGCCAACACCAACUGUCUGAUUGCAGCCAAGUCUGCUCCCUCUAUCCCCAAAGAGAACUUCUCCUGCCUCACCCGUCUGGACCACAACAGGGCUUGCUCUCAGGUGGCAAUGCGUUGUGGUGUUCCUGCCACUCAUGUGAAAAAUGUUAUCAUCUGGGGCAACCACUCGUCCACCCAAUACCCAGACGUGCACCACUGUGUGGUCAACAUGUCUGGCAGUGAGCUCGCCUGCUUUGAUGCAGUGAAGGAUGAUGUUUGGCUCAAAGGAGAUUUCAUAGCUACAGUGCAACAAAGAGGCGCUGCAGUCAUUAAGGCCCGCAAGCUGUCCAGCGCCAUGUCUGCAGCCAAGGCCAUCUGCGAUCACAUGAGGGACCUCUGGUCAGGCACCCCCUCGGGUGAGUUCAUCUCAAUGGGUGUUUACUCCAAUGGAAACUCUUAUGGAGUCCCAGAGGACCUCAUCUACUCAUUCCCUGUCCAGAUCAAGGACAAGACCUGGAAGAUUGUGGAAGGUUUGGCCAUAAACGACUUUUCCCAAGGAAAAAUGGACGUUACAGCAGCAGAGCUGAUGGAGGAGAGGGACACAGCUGUGGCUUUCCUGAGUGUAUGACUAUACCCACCUGGGCCACCACUCCAACACAUAGACGGUCCCGUAACUCCAGACGCACGCCUGUGAUGAAACACUCCCAUCAACCCUCACGUUACUGUCUGUGGAUAUGUAAAAAAAAAAAGUGAAACAGUUCCUAUGUGUAAAGAUGGGUUUAUAUUUGUGCAGGGAA